AUGGGCCUUGCUCUCGGUGCAGAUCGAAGGACCUCGAAUGUCGAUUUGAUGCCAAUUUUAAGCGCGUGUCAACAAGAAGAAGAGAUCAGCCACGAGCUACACGCUUUGCGCUCCGCAGAAGAAAUACCACAUAAAAGAGUCCUCAGUUUGAAUCCAGUCCCAAAUAUUCAAACUGUACCACAGAAGGGUAACAGCACAGAGCCUGCAUUAUGCGCGUCCGACAUCCCAGAACACGCUGUAUCGUGGCUUGGUACUACGGACAAGGACGCAGCCUGUUCCUAUAAUCUGGGUAAACUCAAGCUCGAGCCCGGAACUACCAUUGAAUUAUUCCAAUACUUCGAUGUGCACUAUCGUCCUCAUGCGUUGUUCCUGCAACCUGUGACAUCUCUAGCGGAUCUGCUUAGCAGAUCACCACUCCUUUUUUGGACCAUCAUCCUGAUUUCCGGUCGAGAUCACGAGAAAUUUGUAGGUCUUAAUCAUGAAGUAGCUACUGAGCAUGAGGAGCUCAUGUCACCGCUACUUCAAAAGGCCAUCCAGCGCAUUGAAACCAUCCAUGCCUUACUUCUUCUUUGCAUGUGGCCAGUCCCUCAAUCCAAAUACUUCCAAAAUCCAGCUUGGAACUAUGCAGGCCUCGCGAUCCAUGCCGCAAUGCAACUCCACUGCCAUAGCCCCCUGGGUUCUGGUACAGAACAAAAUGAGUGGCCAGGGUUUGGCUUGGCGACUGAGGGUGAAGUGAAUACGGUGGACCAGGCCCGGACCUGGCUGGGUUGCUUCAGGAUCGGCACUGCAAUUGCAACCUUUUCCGGGUUGCCACCACCGAUUUCAACGCGACAGCGCAUGAGAUCCAUUGAUAAAUCUCUUCUCACCGUAUCAAAUCUAGUACCAUCAUCAUGGAACACCUUAUUUUCGAUUCUUAAGAUUACUGCUUCUGCGAUGGACACUCUCGACAAUAUCGAGGAUCACGCUUUGCAUUUCUCAGUUACACAAGUAUUUAGCGAACAACUGGACGAGCUCAAACAAAGUCAUAUUGACUCGUGGAGAGUAGAACUUGAGAUAGAGUGGUGCAACGCCAAAUUAUAUCUCUUUGCUUUGACAUUCACCACUCCAGCCAAUGCAGACCCAAGCCAAACUACACAAACACGCAUUCAUCGUCAAACGAUACUACAAAAAGCUUUCGAGGUUGCCUCCAGUCUCAUUACACAAUUUAUGAAACUCGGUCAGCUAUGUGCAUCGGACUUGCAUCCCGGCGGGCUGCUCAAAUUCUUACCGGAGCUUUACUUCACAUCUCUUUUCAAUGCAACGACAUUUCUAUUCAGGUUCAUGGCCACUUUUAUGACACUUACAACAGCGCAGGGAAGUCAAGCUAUGGGCUUGAUCAUAGAAGCACACAAGAUCUUUCAGUCAUAUCCAGAACGCAGGGAAUUGACACGUGCGGCAAUACACAUCGAAGCGCUUAUUGAUAUUCUUAAACAAGGCGCUACAAUUAGCACAAGCGAGCUAGUUGUGAAGAACAAGCUGGGUGCGUCAAUCAUGUUUGACGCAAUAUUUCACGCAUGUCGCCAGAGGAAUAUAGACCCGAGGACUGGCAGGCCCCUUGCUGUACAGGAAUGGAGGACUGUAAAUGAAACCUUUGCCGAGAGGCUACCUGGAACUCCUGCACAAAAACUUGGAACGGAUGUUCGGGGGUCCAAUUUGGGGAACAAUGACCUUGAAUCGGAUCAGCGAUUUACGACCUUGGCGGAGCAAAACUCGCAAUGGUGGGAGGAGUGGGAUAAAUAUAUUGAUUUCUUCCAGGUCGGCGAGGAGCAUUUGGACAUGGAUUUAGACCCAUUACUAGAUGGCAAUUGA